CACAUUGGGAACAUAUACGGCUCUCCGGAGUUCCGUGGAGAGCGUGGAACGCAGAACCCGGAAGUGUAUUGGAACGCAGGAACUGUGUGAGUCGUGAAACGCAAGGGACCCGGAAGUAGACCGCAGAUGCGCUCUUAUCUACGGAAUCGUCGUCCUUAUUAUGCGCAGGACAUGUCUGUGUGCUGAUUAACACCAGAAGGUGGAAGAGAACGUCAGAUCGUCGCACAGAUUGGCGAAGUCCAUCAGAAUAAUGAUGACAAACUGCAGCAUGGACCCUCUCGCUGAGGAGAUCUUCAACCUCACCCUGGAAAUGAUAUGCCUGCUAACUGGAGAGGAAUGCACAGUAGUGAAGAAGACAUCUGGUGAGCAUGUGAUAACCAGCAGCCACCCCCGUGCGUCAAGAAGACUGAGCAGGACCAAGAGCUCUAUCACGGUGCCUCCACCUCACCCACUGAAACAUGAGAGGCACAAUGACCUGAAGAUCAUGGAACUCGCCAACAAGAUAAUUCAGCUGCUGACUGGAGAGGAGGGGGAAUAUAUGGAGGAACACAAGGGCCUGUACAAGGAGUUCAUAAUUGAGAAUCACCAGCCCCUCACAUCACUGGGUCUACCUAAUGAAGCUGCAACCAAACAUUCGUCUACCCAUAAUAAGGAGGGAUCAGCCUCGAGUGAUGGAGGAGAUCUCACAGACACUGACAUGUAUACACCCACAUAUCAUAAAUCUACUUAUAAAAAGGAGGAACCAGCCUCAUGUGAUGGAGGAGACCUCACACACACUGAAAAUUAUACACCCACAGAUCAUACACCGUAUACAUCUUAUAAAAAGGAGGAGCCAGAGUCAUGUGAUGGAGGAGAUCUCACACACACCGAAAAUUAUACACCCACAGAUCAUACACCGUAUACAUCUUACAAAAAGGAGGAGCCAGAGUCAUGUGAUGGAGAGGACCUCACAGACAUUGAUCAUUAUACAUCCACAUAUCAUACACCGUAUACGUCUACUUAUAAAAAGGAGGAACCAACCUCAUGUGAUGGAGAUGACCUCACAAAUAUUGAUCAUUAUACAUCCACAUAUCCUACACAGGAUACAUCUACUUAUAGUAAGGAGGAACCAGACUCGUGUGAUGAAGUAAACAUUGCAGACAAUGGCAUGUAUACAUCCACAUAUAAUACACGGUAUAGAUCUACUAUUAAUAAGGAGGAAUCAGUCUCAAGUGAAGAAGGAAAUUUCCCAGAUAGUGAGAGUAAUACGGACACUAACUCUACACCAUUCCAAUAUAUACGUGUUAAAAUAGAGGAUGAGGUAGAAUUGUGGGAAACAGAUGAUCAGUCAGAUCAAAACAUAUCCGAGCAGCACAGUCCCGGGGACGGGGUCGUGCAACCCCUGCACGCUACAGGCAAAGCAGACGAGUAUAACUGCACCAAGUGUCCAAGGACAUUUCCAAGUAAUUUAAGUCUUUUGAGACACCAGAGAGCACACAUAGAGAAGAAGUUCACUUGUACAGAUUGCGGGAAGCACUUCCUGUAUGAGUUUCACCUGUAUUCCCACCAACUGAGUCACUCCAGAGAGAAGUCGUUUCCCUGUCUCACGUGCGGAAAGUGCUUCGACAGGAAUUCAUACCUCCUUGUGCAUCAGAGAACUCACAGAGAAGACCAGCAGUUGCCCUGUCCGGAGUGCGGCAAAUGUUUUUCCAAGAGGUCAAAUCUCAAAGCACAUAUGAUCAUUCACACCGGGGAGAAGCCAUUCGCCUGUUCUCAGUGCGGGAAGCGGUUCAACAUGAAAUCCAAUCUUACUUCGCAUCAAGUCGUCCACACGGGAGAAAAGCCGUUUUGUUGCCAUGGCUGUGGGACUAUUUUCAACCGGAGAUCCAGCCUUAUCGUCCACCAGAGAAAACACAUCUGCAAGAAACACGUCAAAAGCUAGGUGUGUUCAGCAGACUCGUCGAGUCUUAAAAGUCAUCAGAUGAUUCACAUCGGGGGUGGGGGGAAGCUCUUUCGUUGGUCUGGGUGCGAGGUGUGUUUAUACCGGAAGUCAACUCUUAUUAGAUCCACCAGAUUGUUCAUAGCGGAGAGAAGCCAUAUUUAUGUUCCGAAUGCAGCAAGUGUUUCCUGGCUAGAUCGAACUUUACAAACCACCAUAAAAUACAGCGGGAUAGUACUGCGUAGUGUUACUGGUCGCUCCUGAUAUGGGACUUGGGCUUCUAGCGCUUUAUUUAUUUCUCAACGUCUUUUUUCGCACACCUUGUAAUGGUUUUGCCAUUUUCCUCUUCCCCCUUUCUUCCUCCCUCCCCCUUCCACGUGGUGUUUUAUUGAUGUAACCUUCUAUACUAUCCGACACACAAAAAAGUUGUAAAAUUGAAGUGGAUCUGGCAAAUCUUUAUUGUAUUUCUUUAUCUUCUUGCAUUUUGAUUAUGUAAGCUUUGUUGCUAUGUGAUUGUUGUACAUUUUUGUCUUCCACUCUUAGAAAUAAAGAGAUUACAAAAAAAUACA